CGCAGGUAAUUAAGCUUUAAUGUAGUACUUAAUAACCAACAUAUCAUGGCGACAUCAGCACCAACCGUAUCGCCCAAGCAUCCGCUAUUGGCACCAAAGAAAGCUCCUGGAUUAUUAUCAAAAGUUGCAAUGCCACCAAUAAAACCAAAAGCUCCAUUAAUAUCGAAGGUGAACCCAGCAGUACCCAAGAAGGCUCUGAUUUUACCUACUAAGGCAACACCAGUCACGACGCCAAAAGCAUCAAGUGCCCCCGAUGUCACCAGCAAGUUAUUGAUAAAAGCAAAGACAAAUGCAGCUUCUAUUGUGGAAACGGCUAAAGAGCCUGAAAAGCUUCCAUCGCGUAAUGAUAGCAUUGUAUCUAACAAGUCAGCAGGAUUAGAAGGCAAGUCGCAUCUUGAGAUACCAGAAGGGGAACACCAAGGACUGCUGAGUAUGAGCAUAUCACACCACAGCUCGCCUCAGUUAAAACAUAGGCAAGGGAACCUGAGCAUUGAUAGCGUCAACAUGGCAGACGCUAGAUUAAAUCACGGACAAACAAUGCGUGGCAACCAAGCUAUCGGACCCAGAGAUGAAUCGGCAAUGAGCAUUGAUACUAAUGAGCACCAGAUGACAAAUUCUAUAUACAGUGCAUACUCCAAUGUAAAGACUGCUGAAGCCAAGGACAUUGACUGUGUUGGCGCCGUGGGAGCUACACCUUGGUUGGAAAUUGAGCGUCGUAUUAAUGAAAUAAGAGCUUUGGCAGUGUCAAAUGCACCCCAACAGUCACCACGUAGGCCAAUGAAGAAGAAAGAUAGUAACAGCAUAUAUAGUAAGUACAACACCCACUAUGAAAGAACCAAUGACUGGAAGAAGGAGGUUACACAACCAUUAACUUAUAGCAAGGUGCAGAAACUGAAAUCAAGUAGCACCGCGGAGCCUAUGUCACAUGAAAGAGAUAGGUGGAACUUUGUAGAUGGGUUCCUUAAGCCACGCCGGAAGCCAUUUGCCAGCAUGUCGGAACUAUCGAGGCACUUCUCUAAUAUCAAUAGAAGUGACCAGAGCGAGCUCAUAAAGCUACUAUUGGCUUGCAGGUCACUCGAAAAGGUUAUUGAGGAGCAGCACGGUGUAUUGGAUAUGCUGGACCACGACAUUCGUGAGGCUAGAGAGUUGUUGAGGUUACCCGAGCACCUAAGAGGAAUGUCGUCUAAAACAUUAAUGGGCAAGCCGCCACAACAGGAGUCGUUCUAUCCCACCAGUGAUAUACCACUCUUCAUAAAGGGGCGUGUUUCGUUGAUACCUGGACCAAAUGAUAUCCAGCUAUCUGUUGUUAACAACGGGUAAUAUCACCCGUUGUUUGAUGGAACUUAAAUUAAUAAUGUAGUAUUUAU